AUGGGCUUCAAACCAAUAGGACAAAAGAGUUCUUCACUAAAGAGAUUCUUUCCCAGAGAUGACGAGGACAUGGAUGUCAGCCCUGAUGUCCUUGUUGCACCGCGCUCACAGGAAUUCUCUCAUGAAAAACAUCCCGCGGAAGAACCCGACCGGCACCGAAGUCGAAGUCAGCCUUCGAGACCGUCCGACCCAUCAUCUCCACCGCCGCAGCCUUCACGGCCAUCUGUUGAUCCCCGGGUUAGACGAGAAGAACCGCGCACUGCCGAAGCCGAGCUCGCUUGUAAGCCGUCAACACCUCCGGUCGAUGAAGAGCAAUUUGGCGUCGAUUCAGACAAGCCAUUGGCCGGUUCUUCUCGUGAUGGGUCAUACAAUAUCGUCAGUCAAGUUGGCGAGGGUACAUUUGGAAAGGUCUAUAAGGCCCAGAACGUACAAACCGGUGUGCAUGUUGCUCUGAAGCGAAUUCGCAUGGAGUCGGAAAAAGAUGGUUUUCCUGUCACAGCAAUGCGAGAAAUCAAGUUGUUGCAAUCUUUACGACAUGCCAACGUCGUUCGACUUUAUGAAAUCCUCGUCUCUAGCGGCGCGGUGUACAUGGUAUUCGAAUAUAUGGAUCACGAUCUAACGGGCAUUUUGUCUCAGUCCCAGUUUUCAUUUUCUGAUGCCCAUCUUAAGUCGCUGUGUCACCAGAUGCUAGCAGGGUUAUCCUACCUCCAUCAUAAGGGGGUGAUUCAUCGUGACAUCAAAGGGUCCAAUAUCCUUAUUAACAAUCGUGGUGAGUUGAAGUUGGCCGAUUUUGGAUUGGCGCGAUUUUAUCAAAAACGACGGCGGACGGAUUACACCAAUCGCGUGAUAACGCUUUGGUACCGUCCGCCGGAGCUCUUGUUUGGUGCCACGGUGUACGGUCCUGAGGUCGAUAUGUGGAGUGCUGGGCAAGUACUGAUUGACUUACCUCAUCUUCACGAAUGCAUUAUGCUGGAGCUUUUCACGAAAAAACCCGUGUUCCAAGGGAAUGACGAAAUACAUCAAUUGGAUGUUAUUUAUCGUAUUCUUGGUACACCUACACAAGACAGAUGGCCAGACAUAAUAAGCCUGCCAUGGUAUGAGCUCGUUAAGCCCAAAGACCCUGUUGCCAACCGCUUUCGUGAAUUGUUCCAGAAGUGGAUGUCUCCUGCUGCGCUCGAUCUUGCCGAGCAACUUCUAGCUUAUGAUCCGUCCAAGCGCGCCUCCGCAGUCCAGGCAAUGGAUGCACCGUACUUCAAAUUUGAACUACCCGAAGCGGAGCGACCUCACGGUCUUGCUAAUCUUGAAGGAGAAUGGCAUGAGCUGGAGACGAAACGUGAACGAGCCAAAAAGCGGAAAAAAGAAUGA